AUGGCGAACUUUACGAUCUUGCAAGAAAUCAAAGGUGAAUGGAGAUCAACUAAAACAGUGGAAAUAAUGGGCUUAAGAAUUCCGGCGUAUUUUACUGACGAUCCCCAGCUACUCUACGACUACAUUGUCAACUUCAAGACGAAAUCAGACGACGUGUUUGUAGUCAGCUAUCCGAAAGCAGGUCAGUUUGUUAAAAUUAUUUUUUAUCUCACAGACAGCCCAAGUCACAUAUCGUGGUCUCUGGAGUGAAGGAAAUGUGAUAUUACUCUAGAGAACUUUCCUUUCAAAUUUUGUCCUAUUCCGUUUCUUAUGUACGAUACGUGUGCCAUUGGAUUUUAGUCAUUUUUAAACCUCCCCCAAAGAAAACUAAGGGGUCACCAAGGAUUUAAUUAAAGAAAAUGAAACUGCCAAAUAGUUGCAAGCAAAGAAAAGGAAACAAAUAAACAAUGGUAACAAUGUGGUCGUGUAAAUUACAUUCACUCUGUUCUCAAUCUUGACUGUAAUUAACUUACAAGAUCAUGCAAUCAAAUUGCGGAUGUGAACAAACUUGAAACAUGUCAAGAUCCAGAGAAAUAGGCAGCCAACAGUUAAAACCUAUGAAAUUAUAUGAAACUAAAACCAUCGAGAAUGCAAUCACGUAAACCAGUGCAAUUGGUAUCAGUGAUGAAAAAAAGAAUAACGAACAUUUUCGUGUUAAAACUAAUAAUGCAGUUUGAGGGGUCCAUUAAUAGAAUAACGGAAAGGUUUUUAAUUGGAAUAAUGGAAUGAUGCCCUUUGAGGAAAAACAAAUUAACAAACAUUUUCGAGAAGGGAAAUUGAAUAAUUAGCACCCCAUUAUGCCUCCUCACUCGACUCCCCUCAAAAGUUAUACACCAGAAAGUUGAAAUCACGCGAGUCGACUCCGGACUAUAGACCGGUAGCAAUCUCUUUAUGGUUACUGCAUGCGAAACCUAAGCACGUAAUGUCGUCGUUUGCAGUCGCGUGGGCUGUAAUAUUCAGGGCUAGACUGAUUUUAAGAGAAACGGGGGAUUGCAAGCAGUCAGGGGCACCCAACGAGGAUAUAGUUCAAAACCACUUAACAUAGCAUUGUUGAACGUAUUUUAGUAUUCAAACGGUAGAUAUAGGCAUAUUUUUAUCCCCUAAAAACUUUUCAUCUGUUCGGAUUUCCUAGCUGAAAGUCUAAUGAUCCGAAAAUUAUAGGGACAAAAACUUACCUUCUCGAAAAUUUUAGCCAGGAAAAGGCUCUCGAAAAUUCUAGGUGGCCUUUUUUUAGGGUCAAAAUCCGUUAAAAAUGGGUAAUUAUACCAUUUUGUAGAUGUUCGAAAAUCCUAGGAGAGGCAGGCAAGCAAGAAGUUUUACAACAAAUGCUCCGAAAAUUCUAGAUCUCAAAUCGUCUUCUGAACAGAUAUUUUCCCGAAAAUUGCCGUUGGGUGCCCCUGAAGCAGUCUAACGACUCUCAACUCCGGAAUAACAAGCAUCGAAAUCAAACCGCUAAACAGAUGGAGUCAGUCGGCGUUACCUUUUUUGCGGCAAAAAGGCAUACUCGAAAAUUUUCCUGCAAGAAGUCCAACCACUUCGCCGUUAUCAGGCAUUACAUGACGAACUUGGAAGGGAAAAAAUUAUGCUGUUGAGGCUAUUAACUAAAGGGUAGAUUGAAUUACUUGUGGCUUAUGAUUAACUAACUGAGGCAAGAGAGCCCAUUUGGCAGGUUAAGGACAGCGAGGUGUUGCAUUAUAAUCAGUUUCCGGUCAGUACGUAACGCCCAUCAAGCCUACAUCAAUUAAGGGUUUCUGGGUAACUGAACGCCUACCUCUCCCCUUCACUUACUUCUCACUUAGGGCAAAGUUGUGAAUUAAGGGAGGGGUAGGCGGUGAGUUACACCCAGGAACCUCCAUUGAUCCCAAUCAGGUUUUCCAGAGGAUAAGGUUAUGAGAGAAAUCGAGAGCUAAAAAAGUACAAAGUGGACUAAGCUGAAAUAAACUGAGCGUAACAAAAAAGAUUCUCAAUAACCAGCAAACAAAAGGAAUAAAUAAAAUGAAAUAAAUAAUAACGAGAUCACUGAAAUUUCCUGCUCGACAUAACCGUGAUAACAACGUCAACAACAGCGACUUUCAUAAAGAACUAAAUACCCAAGUAAGGCACAGUAUGCAUAAACCAACUACAAGGCUGAAUUAUUGAGCUUUUUUGAAAAGAUAGCCCAUAUAGUACAUAUGUUAGUAAUCUAAGUGUAUGUAUCUUCAAUUGUGUGUUUGUGAUAUGUUUGUCAGUUUGUCAGUUUAUUUUGAAUGACUUUCAUUUUGGCAUCAACCGGUUAAAAACAAAAAUCUUGAGAUUCUAAACCUAGAUCAAGGAAAAGUAGUGAGAGGUGGAAAAAAGCCGUAAGAUCUCCCAGUUUCUAAGAGGAAGGACUUUACUUUCCAGGGCGAAUUUUGGGUUUAGUAGUGACGAGAUCUUCUUCAUUGCUUCUGACGUGUAGACGUCUUGAAAUGCUAGAUUCAAGGUUUUUAACAGUGAACCUGCACAUUUGGUGACAACAGUGAGUCGCGGUAGGGUUCUUUGUAGGCCUGUUCUGGAUUAGCCUGAGAACCGCAGACGCAUUUCCGGUCGUCGCUUAGACUGAAAAACAGAAAGUAAACUAGACUAGAAAGUAAAGCCGAAAAAAACGGAUGCUCUUGCCGGCUAGUUCUGGACCACCCCCUUUUUUUUCUAAUAAGGGAUCGUCAAGCGGGGGAUUUAUUGACCAUAAGCGCAAAGGGCUGGGUGGGGAGGGAGAAAAUAAACGGUCUAUGGGCAUCUUUUGAAGAACUGAAACUUGCUUUUCGCAGAAAAAGCAAACGAGCCAGGCGCUAAGGGGUAAGGGAGAAGAACGUACAUUUCUGUUUCCGGAGGGAUUCGGUUCACAGGAGCAUCGACUGUUUUGAAAUUUGGGCUAGUUUUGAAUUGCCCCGUGUGAGGAAAUCUGGAUUCCGGAUUCCGGAAUGCCGGAAAUUUUUGCUUGUGGAAUCCGGAAUGCCGGGCUUUGGAAUGCGGAAUACAUCUCAAGGAAUCCGGAAUCCCACUAACGAUUGGAACUGGGUCCAGAAUCCAAGUUCCUCUGACAAAAACGGGAAUCCAGUACCUGGAACCAGGAAUCCACGGUGUGGAAUCCAGAAUUCAGGACUGUCUUGGAUUCCCUAAAAUGGGCAGAUUUGAAUGUUAUAUUUUAUCUCUUAAAGGAACAACUUGGGUUCAAGAAAUUGUCUGGCAGAUUUACCACAAUGGAGAAGUCAACAGCAAACGAAUUGAAGACCGUGUUCCAUUUUUAGAAGAGGCUACUAAUUCAAAAGCUUCACAACCGGACAUUACUAGUUUACCAAGCCCCCGCCUUAUUAAGACACACCUUUCUUAUGAGGCUAUACCAAAAGGUGUAAACGAGGAAACAACGUGCAAGUAUAUUUACGUUGCUCGAAAUCCAAAAGAUAAUGCUGUAUCAAAUUAUAAAUUCCUGACAAGCUUGGGGAAAAAUACUGGAUUGAAUGCAUCGUGGGAAUUUUAUGCCAAUCUAUUUGUUCAGGGAAAAUGUAAGUUAUAUAAUUAUUUACGUGGUAGGAAUUAAUGCUUUUAUAGUUGAACUUCCAUUGGUUAUGGGCAAGAGCUGCCACCCUAUCCCAGACUUAGCACAUAAAUUAUCCACCAUAUCCCAGAGUAACUAUAAACAAUAUUGGUUCAUAUUUUCUGUAUACGAUGAUGAUGAUAUUUCUCUUUUCUUCGUAAAUUUAAUGGUAAGCGGUUUAAGAUUGUUAAAUUCGUGUUUUCCGUAGAGAUCUUCAAGAGUUUAAAUCUUGGACGUCAGGAGCCCAUGACUAGAGAAGUCAUGGGCUCGUGUGGACGUUAAAAAGAAUGUUUGUUUUCGUUUUAUGUGGUCACACAUGACAAAACACGUCAGUCGACUGGUUGUACUGUAGAGUCGACCCGGGUGACAGGUAUUUAUCUCAUACACAUGCUGUAAUUAAAGUCAUAUUCGGGCACAUUCGGCAAUGUUCAAAAGGAUUGGUGAACUAAAAAUUAAUAGAAUGUUCGAGUAAUCUUGCUAUAAUACCUUAGAAAACUCAGAAGGGAAGAACGAAUGUAAUGCCUAGGAGUUUGAUUUAAUUGUCGCAUAGCCCAGCUAGGGUGAGUUCAGUCCAUGCUGAACAACAGGAGCCUAAAGGAAGAAAAAACGCUCUCAGUCGCAGGCCCCUAUAAGCAUAUAUUGGAAGGUGUCUCAUUAAAAGGUCGAGUUUGCUCAUGUGUACAUAUUUUUCUCUAAACUGGUUAUGAUGCUUCUUAAGGUAGCUGAGACAAGUAGUGUUAGAGGCAUGGCAAAAAACCUUCAUGACUUACUAGUCUUUAUCAACCUACACAAUUGUUAUACCUUGCAGCAACUUGGAGUCACUGGGAUAAACAUGUACUUGGAUGGUGGAAACACAGAGACGAUGCUAACGUCUUGUUCCUUAAAUAUGAAGACUUGAAAAAGGUUUGUUAUCAUUAUUGGAGAAUUACCGGUAAAGUCGUUUUCAGUUUUUUGAAAUUAAUACUGUUACAUUAAUUUGGUUUGAGUUGAUUAAUGCUUAGUGGUGGGUAGAAAACCGAAUGAAUAUUAAUUAAGCAAUUAUUGAAUGAGGCUGGGUAUCAUCUGAAGAUUUAUGGAGAUUGAGGAGGGUGCGGAUAACACCCUCCUAGUUUAAAAACAAACUAAAAUAGGCUUACCUCCAUCGAUGUUAAGUUCAUCUUCGAUAGUGCAUGUUUAUCGGCAAGUUUAGGAGAUAAAGGAUUGUUCAGUUUAGCAAAUAUUUUCCAAACAGCAGACCCCGAGAUGUCGUCCGUCGAGUUGUCUUCUUGCUGUUCUGGCUACGUUUUUAGCUAAUAGUUUGCCUUAUUUUUUCCUCGUGAAACGAGUGAAAUGUUCUACCAUUUUGUAUUCACUACCGAAACAACUCAACCUCGUCCCCAGGUCUUCUCGGGUAACCGUUCAAUAACGUGGCAAUUUUGCUGCACGAUUGACCUCAUCAGUUCACAUUUCGUAAAAUUCUUCCAAAUUUGUGGUCGACAGUAGCUGGUUAUGAUGAAUUAUGCGUGGGAUUUUAGCCAAUCAGAAACGGAGAAAUAUUUUCAUUGAAAAAUAAUAUGUCCUGUACAGAGGAGAAGUGUGACGUCACAUUACCACAGCUUACCAUGGUAGCAAGUUUUAUGGAUCUCAACAAUUUUUCUUGAAAGAGAUGGCCAUUUGAUUGUCGAACGAUGGAAGAAAAGCAUGGGCUAUCCAGUUUUGCUCCUGAUUGCAAUCAUGCGCAUGAAAGUCAUUCAAAUUAUUCAAAUCAAGUUCGAUAUUUGCUACAACACGGUUUAUAGAGAUCGAGAAGUUUUGCUACCAUAGCAACGUGACGUAACGACUUCUCUUGUGACCCUCUCUAUCACAUGUUGUUUUUAGCAUAACCAUGCUUGAGACAAACCUCUGAUAUUUAAUUUUAUAUUGUAAAGUAGCUCUGGCAAUGAUUUCGACCUGUUAUGUUUUAGUUAGUAAUUGGCUAAAAUAUUAUUUGAGGAAGCCUUUUUCUUUUAAGUCCUGUGAUUUACUUGAACGUCCUCGCCAUUUGGUCAUCGUUUGUUAUGUACUAGGACGUAUACGAAAAAAAUAAACUUGGCACUUGAAACUUAUUUUGUUUUAUUAGUUUCACAUCAGAACUAAACAUGAGAGGAGGCCUGAUUGACAAGUAGCCUCAAACUCAGACGUUCUUUUGGCUAGUCACGCAAUCCUGCCUUGGUAUGCUGCGCUGAGCGUCGAUGGAAUAACCUCCCAUGCCUACCUUCUUUGUGCGGGAAAGUAACGCGUGACGAAGCGCAAAGAACGUCUGCGCGGGAGGCUAGAAUUGGCCGGGACAACGCACCAAAAUUCUGAAGAUUCAAAGUCUGAAUUCCCCAUCUUCUCUACCAGUUUUCAAGCCCCUUUACCCCUUUGUUUCUUCUCCUUAGGAUCUUCUAAGCCAUGUUCGUAUGAUCUCACAAUUCCUGAACAAGCCCUUGUCAGAUGAACUCCUAAAUCGCAUCACAGAGCAGUGCACUUUCAAUGGAAUGAUGAAAAACGCGAAAAGUUACGUCCUGCGUGGAACGGAGGAUGGACCAAAGCUUCUGCGAAAGGGCGUGGUGGGAGACUGGGAGAAUUACUUUACUCCAGAGCAAAGUGAGAGAUUUGACAAGGAAUUGUUAGCAAAAUUAGACGGAACUGGAUUAGAGUUUGAAAUGUAG